CUCUCUCUCUCUCUCUCUCUCUCUCUCUCUCUCUUCCUCUUUUCACUCCUCUCUUCUCCCCUUCCACUAACCUUCUGCUCAUUCGGUGCCCUCCACCAUCCUCCGGUCCCUCUUUCCUGUUACGACCCCCCUCCUAGGACCCCGCUCUUUCUACCUUCCCACGUUUGUAGCUAGCAGAAAUCGACUAGCCCUUACUCCCUACUCUAUCUUGUCCGCCUUAUCCACUGCAUAUUAAUACACUUACGGAUUUUGUUUCACCACCUUCCAUUCUGAGUGUCCACAUACAGUAACCAACCUUUCCAAUCAAUCUUGGUCAAGCAAGAGCGCAAAGAAUAGUGGGAAUCGCAAUCAAUUACAAAUCAAUCAAAGUGGCUUCUUCGGUUAUCUCAUCGUCAUCCACUCUGGCGGCCCAUGAUAGCACCGGGGCCACCGCCGGUACGAAGCGAAAGAGGACGGGGGAGAUGAAGUACUAUGCUGUGAGGGCCGGUUUUCAUCCGGGGGUGUACACCGCAUGGCCGGAUUGCCUGUCACAGAUCACAGGGUUCAAAGGAGCAAAGUGUAAGUGGAUUCUAUGAAGCCCAGAGUGCGAUGCCUUAAAAGUGUUUACAAUUUCUGACCGUUUUUUCCCUUUCCAAUAGUCAAAUCGUUCCCUACCGAAGAGGAGGCACAGCUUUUCCUCAGCGGAGUCGAUCCUACACUUGAUCCGAAUUCCGCUUCUUACACUGCAAAGUACUACGGUGUUCGAAGUGGCAAGAAUCCCGGAGUAUAUACGGACUGGGCAACUGCGGAGCAGCAGGUGGUUGGUGUGCAGAAGCCGAAGGUGAGAUGUUUUGCUACUCGUGAGGAAGCAGAGGCGUUCGUCAAUGGUGGUGGAUCGGGAGGGGUGUCACCUGUGAGCGUCGAUGACAGGAAGAGGCCCGUUCGAGUGGGGGUUGGGGAUAUCGCUGCCCCUAGCAAGGCGUCGGUGUAUGGCAGGGAGGGCUCGUCGGAAUUGGAGGACAGAGUGCCGGUGCCGAAAAAGCGGAAGAGCGUAGGAAAUAAUUUGAACCAGGAGGAGGCCGAACUCAAAAUGGCGCUUCUUUGUGCCCCCCCAAUGCUCGAGGAGACUGUUCCCCAGGAGAUGCAUCCUGAUGAGGAUGCUGUCCUGCGUAGUUUGAAUAGACACUUGCGGGGCGAGGGCGACGAGACUAGUGAUGAGGAUAGCUCUGACUCCGGCGCCACUCUGGUCAACAACGAAGAAGUCAAGCCCAAGCCACGGGUCAUUGCCAAGAAGAGCUCCAUUCUGCGGAUAUACACCGAUGGUAGCGCCCUCCACAACGGAAAACCCUCUGCAAUCGCUGGCGUUGGCGUCUGGUUUGGCGACAAAGACUCCAGGUACCCGGAAUCCCCCCAUCCACCCACACUCUACCCCACCCCCCCCCCCCCCGCCUAUCCCUCUACUUACUAACGUCCCCAGCAGAAAUAUCUCUGAGCCCCUCCCCGGCCCCCGCCAAACAAACUCUCGUGCAGAGCUAACCGCGAUCCUCCGCGCUAUAAAUGUCGCCCCCAAGCACCGUGAGGUGGCCAUAUACACUGACUCAGAGUACGCAAUCAACUGCGUGACUGUCUGGCACAUUAAUUGGAGCAAGAACAACUGGAUUACGAGCGUUGGUCGGCCAGUCGAGAAUCAGGAUCUCAUCGUACAGAUCCUGGAACGACUUAGGGAGCGUGAGAGUUAUGGGAGCAAGACCCACUUUGAAUGGGUGCGUGGUCACACGGGCCAGAAUGAUGGGAAUUCCCAGGCGGAUAGACUUGCAGUUCAAGGAGCGAGGAUUGCGGAGGCGCUGAUUAAUCGUAGGUAUUAA